AUGAUUACAACUUCUUCAUCACGUCCAAAUAUUUCCGACACAAAUUUUCCAGUACUAAGUUUAAUUAGUAAUCAUUAUAAUUCAAUGUUUUUAAAUACAAAUGAUGAAAUUGAAUUAGCUCGUUAUGGUUUAAGAGUUGGUUCAACACUUGGUACAGGUACAUAUGCAAAAGUUAAAUCAGCUUAUAGUGAACAAUUAUCACAUAAAGUUGCUAUUAAAAUAAUUAAUCGACGUAAAGCUCCAACAGAUUUUCAACGACAUUUUUUACCACGUGAAUUAUCAAUAUUACAACAAAUAAAUCAUUUACAUAUUAUACAAGUUUAUGAUAUAUUUUCAUAUGGAAGUAAAUUAUGUAUUGUUAUGGAAUUAGCUAAAACUGAUUUACUUGAUUAUAUUAAAUUAAUUGGAAGAUUAAAUGAAGAUAAAGCAAGAAAAAUGUUUACACAAUUAAUAUCAGCUAUAGAUUAUUUACAUCAAAUGAAUAUUGUUCAUCGUGAUUUAAAAUGUGAAAAUGUUCUAUUAGAUAAAAAUUUUGAUGUUAAAUUAUCGGAUUUUGGUUUUGCACGAGUAAUACAAACUAAUGAAUUAUCUCAUACAUAUUGUGGUUCAGCUGCUUAUGCUUCUUGUGAAAUUCUUCAAGGUAUACCAUAUAAUGCUAUUCCAGCUGAUAUAUGGUCAUGUGGAGUUAUUCUAUAUAUAAUGGUCUAUGGUUCAAUGCCAUUUGAUGAUUCAAAUAUACGAAAACUUGUACGAUGUCAACUUGAAAAAAAAAUUCAUUUUAGUCGUUAUAAACUUUUAUCAAUUGAAUGUAAACAAUUAAUAUUAUCUUUACUUGAACCUGAUAUUAAAAUUCGUGCUACAAUAAUUCAAAUUAAAAAUAAUGAUUGGAUUAAAGGACGUAUUUCAUCAAUAAUAAUUAAUAAUGAUUCACCAACAAAUAUUUCAUUAUCUGGAAUAGGAAGAUCUAUACCAACUACACCAAAAUUAUUUAGUCCAAUUGUAAAUAAUUUACAAGAAUCAACAAUAAAAAUGAUGAAAACAACAAUAACUGAUAAUUAUCAAUUAUCAACAUUAAAUCAAAAAAAUAGUUUUGGACAAAUUAUUAAUAAAUCAUUAACAAUAACAAAUUCUCUUGCAAAAGAUUAA